UCGCUUUCUUCAGCAUGUCUGGUGAACUAAGCCCACCAGGCGAUCAGCGCCGUGGUUCCUACGAAUCUCAAAGCUCGUCAAAGAAGUCGUCGCCCGAUGCAUCGCGGUCACAGAGUCAGGUGCGGGAGAACUCAGAAUGGCUCACCCAACCUGGCCGUCAGGUCUCCAUCGACGAUAGAUCUGGCACCUCCACCCACAGAAAAGAGAGCACCUCCCAUCACCACUCAGCGGCGCGACUUCCGAAUGGACGCACAAUAGAAAUCGAAACGCCUCGAGGACCGAUUCGAAGAGAGACUUUCCACUCACUUGCAGCCAUGUCAGGGCGCAAUAACAGCGAUGAUGUCGCUGACAAGGAAGAACCGACGUGGCCGACGGAUUGGAAAGCAUACGUUUGCCUACUGGCCGGAUUCUGCUUGAUGUUCAACUCAUGGGGUCUGGUCAAUGCAUACGGUACAUACGCAUCCUUCUAUAUGAACUUUCUUAUGACGGGGAAGGAUCUGCUGUAUUUCAACCUCAUCGGAGGAACACAGUCUGCCGUGGUGUUGGGACUAUCUGGAAUCGUGGGCCGCUUUCUGGACGCUGGCUUCACUCGUGAAUUAAUAGCCCUCGGCACUGUACUGGUGUCGGUGGGCACACUCACGUUAGGCUUCGUCAACGGCGACGGCGGAGAGAACCAAGGCAAUUUCGCACUGACCUGGCUCACGCAAGGUUUCAUCUCUGGUCUCGGAAUGGCUUGCUUCUUCGUCAGCUCUUCUCAAGUGGUCGCUACGUGGUUCAAGAAAAAGAAGGGAUUCGCCAUCGGCAUCGUGGCAUCAGGAGCCAGCAUUGCAGGCCUGGUGUAUCCAAUGAUGACGAAAUUCUUGAUCGACUCCUCAGGCUUCAACGCCGCUGCACGAUGGGUUUCGCUCGUCGUGUUUCUUACUUCGUGCCUCGCGUUUGCAUGCGCAAACCCGAAUCCAAAGCACAUCAUCCGCAAGCCUGACGAUUGGAUGCGAUGGGACGUCUUUGUCGACUCUCACGCAUUUCGAAACAAAUCGUACGCCUCGUUCGUAGCCGCGAUCGCCUUCUUAUUCCUUGGAUUCUACGCAAUCUUCUUCAACCUCGAAGAAUGGGCAUUCUCGAACGGGAUCGGAUUUCGAAGGUCGACCGGCGCCGUUGGUCUGAAUGCUGGCUUGCCAGAAAAACCCGCCGACGGGAAGAUCGAGACCUUCUGGCUGCUGGCGAUCAUGAAUGCUUGCUCCACUAUCGGGCGAUUGUCAUCGUCUUACUUCUGUGACCGUAUCGGAGCUCUCAAUGUCCAUUGCAUUGUAACACUCGUGUCAUCACUUCUGACACUGAUACUCUGGACACUGGCCAGCGGCUUCCCCUCAGCUCUUGCGUUCGUCAUCUUCUUUGGAGCCUUCUCUGGCGCGGUCAUCGGUCUCCCUCCAGCAUCUGUCGCCUACAUUCUGGGACCCACUCCUGAAGCUCAAGCCAAACUCGGACAGUGGACUGGCAUGAUGUAUACCUGUGCUGCGAUACCUGCACUUAUUGGACCAGUGAUAGCUGGACACAUGAUCACAGAGUAUUCGACAUACCUCACCGUGCAAAUGUGGGCGGGAGUGUGCUUGCUGCUGUCUGCAGGCUGUAUGGGCCUCGCAAUCUAUUUUCGGCAGACAAUGAAGAGACCAGAAGGGCCAAAGGGACCAAAGGACCCAGGUAACACACCACCAAAUACUCGCCAACUGUCCCAGGUGACGGACUCAUCAUACGAUCUGGAGAAGAACGAGUCCAAGGAGCGGGUCUAACAUCAACAUUAAUUGCAUAUUGUUUCGGGCAAGGCGUUGGGGAAUGAAUGGGAAUAGAGAUGGCAAAUACCACAGCUUCUGGGUUCGGCAAAAUGG